UGAACAAGCCACAUAUUCAAAUCUCUUUUUGUUGCUAACCCUACAAACCUUAUUGUUUUAAAGCAGCUACAAUUAACUAAAACUAUCCAAUUCACCACAUAAUGGACAAACAAUCCAACAUACAAGGAACGGGAGAAAAUGACCAGAGCUCUGGUGGAAUAAAGCGCAGCUUUGAAGUCUAUUUCUCCAAUUUUUCUACUUUGGUCAAUGAUGAAGGUACAAGAGCAUUUUUGGCUCUGGAGGUUGGUAGUGGACAUUCAUUGUUGGGUUGGGCUCUGGCCAGGGUUGUUGGCGCCACCCCCUGGUGCGCGCCCCGGGGGCGCGCACUUUUUUCCCAAAAGCAUCCAAAUUCUGGAUUCUGGAUGGUCAAAAUUGCAGACACCCAAAACAAACUGGUUGCUGGUACCAACUGGGACCCCACUGAGCUUUGA